AUGGUAAAAGCGUACAUUCAAGAAGACACUGGUUUUGUAUGCGGCGGCAACCGUCACAAUUGCGGCACCUGGAUGGAUAAGAUGGGAAGCUCAGAUAAAGCUGGCAACCGGGGUAAGCCAGCAACACCGCGUGAUGGCUGUGCGGUGGAGUUGACAGGCUUGGCCUACGCAGUAAUAAAGUGGUUGGAACGGGCGCACAAUAUGGGAGGCAGCACGUACUAUCCCUACGAUGGUGUGAACGCUCCGCCCCACACCACCACUGCUACUCCGAGAUGGACCUGGGGCGACUGGGCUGCCAAGAUAAAAAACAAUUUUGAGACUCGAUUUUGGCUACCCGAGAGGAGCAAGGACGGGGACACCUGUGGGCAGAUUGAUAUUCGCCAAGGUUACUAUCGUGAUAUCUGUGACUGCUCGGAUCCAAAUGCGGAGCUACAACUGAGACCAAAUUUCCUAGUAGCCAUGACUGUGUGUGCUCUUUUGUGCAUUUAUCUCACUUUAUUAUUGCAGGCACCGGAUCUGUUUAACCCUAGGAAUGCUUGGAAGGCUCUGGAGAUAACAAAAAAACAGUUAUUGGGUCCCUUGGGUAUGAAGACGCUGGAUCCGCGCGACAAAGAUUAUCGCUGCGCCUACAACAACAGUGACGAUAGCUACGACUACUCCAUUGCACACGGAUUCAACUACCAUCAAGGACCCGAAUGGCUCUGGCUGACGGGUUACUACAUUCGCUCCAGACUAGUCAUGGCGCAGCGCCUGACAGACUUGGAUCCUUCAAUGGCUUCGAUUCGAGCGCAUGUCGUGCGUGAGAGCCAGGAGAUUCUUUUGCGUCUCAACAACCAUAUCAGAGCCUCACCAUGGAGGUCGCUGCCUGAAUUAACUCAGGUCAACGGAGAGGUGAGCUGA